GAUCAUUCUCUGAGUUUUCAAAGAGACACCAAACAGAACUCUUUUGCAAUGCCCCUCAACACAUGUGAAUACCAGCUGCUCUUUCUGCUCUGUUUUCUGAUAAAAAGCUGUCAUGCUUUCAAAAAUGACGCCAAUGAAGAGUUUAAUGGGCACAUGGUCGCAUCAUCUCAUCAGACUCCAAAUAAUGCCUCCUUAAAUCGAGCGCACAGCGGAGGAAGACGAACGGAUAGCCGAGACCAAACCGAACAGCACCAGGUUGGUUGCAGGGAGCUGAGGUCCACUAAAUAUAUAUCUGAUGGCCAGUGCACCAGCCUGAAUCCCAUGAAGGAGUUGGUGUGUGCUGGAGAAUGUCUACCCACCCACCUGCUGCCCAACUGGAUCGGUGGAGGGCACUACUGGAGCAGACGGGACGCCCAGGAGUGGCGCUGUGUCACUGAACGCACCCGCUUCCAGCGCAUUAAACUCCAGUGCCAGGACGGCAGCACACGCACCUACAAGAUCACCGCCGUUACAUCCUGCACCUGCAAGAGAUACACGCGCCAAAACAACGAGUCCUCUCAUGCGCCUCAGAGUCCCUCAAAGGAUCAACCACUGCAGAACCCCAAGAAGAAAAAAAGCAAAAAUAAAAACUCCAAGCUUGAUCCUAAAAAUGAGUAGAUACGAGAGCCUCUCAUUUAUUGAGGGUGAGCCAUACUGGUGCAGAUUUGACCAACACAGCCCUACUCAUGGAAGGAAAGUGACUUUGAACUACAAUGACACUGACUUGGACUGCAAUGAGAUGUAGGCCUACAGCUGUUUUUCUUUAUAUGUUCAGAUGUAGAUUAUUUUAUGACUGUGUG